AGGAACCUAAAUAUUGUGAAGUUCAUAUAGAUACUCAUCUUGAAUUACACCUCUGGAGUGACUUGGACUUUUUUUUUUUAAAUAAAUUCACAAAAUGGAAAGGGAAAAACUGUGCUUGCUGUUGCUUCUGACUACAAUACGGGCGAACCCAUGCCUCAUCAGGUUUGAGGAACCGGCUCCUGUUACAGAGUCCAGCUCAGUGACUCUCCGCUGCUCCACCUCGUCCUCGUGCCCCUCCCGUCCUCAAAUUCAACCUCUCGACCAACGAGGAAUCUCAGUGCAACCUCAGGGUGAUGGACACAGCAGGACAGCAACUAGCAACUUCAUAGCCAGCUGGCAGGACAAUGGGAGGCAGUUCUCCUGUCAGACUCGAGGCAACACCGACCCAAACUUGAUCCGCAGUGUCACUCUAACUGUCGAAUAUGGACCCAGGAACGUGGAGGUGAGGGUCACUAAUCCUAACAGAAGGGAAGGUGUUGCUGCGGAGGACACAGUGACCCUGACAUGUUCAGCGAGUGGGAAUCCUGCACCCACCUACCACUGGUUUCGACCAGGUCAGGCAGGGAGCGAAGGACAAGAUCUCAUCAUCCCAUCCAUCACAGUCUCACAGAGUGGACGAUACAGAUGUGAAGCCAGAAAUAAGCACGGACAUGAAGAUUCCAGUCUUGAUUUGGAUGUUCAGUUCUCACCAGAAGUUGAGAUCACAGCAUCUGCCACAUCGAUCCGGCAAGGACAGAAGAUGGAUUUAAGAUGUACAGUGAAGAGAAGCAGCCCAGACGCCACAAGCUUUCAGUGGCAGAAGGAUCAGCGAGAUGUGUCUUCAGCUCAGACUUACACAGUAACAUCCAUCCAGCCUGAGCACGCAGGUUUUUAUACCUGCACUGCCUGGAACUCCAUUGGUGCUGGAACAUCAGACCCACUUCAGAUUCAGGUUGAAUACCGACCCAAGAACACAAGAAUUCAAGUCCCCUCUGGUCUAAACGGGAGAGUCAGCGCUGGAAAAGAGCUCAGAUUAACUUGUGUCACUGAGGCCUCUCCUGCAGCUCAUAGCUUCUCCUGGCUCCAUGGCUCCUCCAGACACACUCCACUCUCCCACUACUGGCAUAUAGACAGCAGAAACACAAUGACCAUUAAAAACGUUCAGAGAUCUGAUGAAGGUUGUUACAUGUGCAGCGCCACCAACAGCAUCGGCACAGAUUAUAGUGCACCACAGUGCUUCCAAGUACAGUAUGCUCCAUCAAACCUCAAACUGUCCAUGUACACUCAGGUCACAGAAGGUCAGACCUUCACUAUCAGAUGCACUGUGGACAGUUUUCCACCCUCAACUCUCACCUUGAUCAGAGAGAUUCAGUCGAGUUCAGUGAAUGUGUUCUCCAACUCCAACAAGAAUGGGGUCCACAACAAUGACCUCGUCUACACCACUAAAGCUGCUGUGCACCACGCAGGGAGCUACAAGUGCAUCGCCUCAAACUCUGAAGGAAGCAGGACAAGUCAGCGGAGAGAAUUGGUGGUCAAAUUCUCCCCAGAAGUUGAGAUCACAGCAUCUGCCACAUCAAUCCAGCGAGGACAGAGGAUGGAUUUAAGAUGUACAGUGAAGAGAAGCAACCCAGACGCCACAAGCUUUCAUUGGAAAAAGGGCCGGCAAUAUGUAUCGAUGAGUCAGACUUACACAGUAAGAUCCAUCCAGCCUGAGCACGCAGGUUCUUAUACCUGCACUGCCAGGAACUCCAUUGGUGCUGGAACAUCAGACCUGCUUCAGAUUCAGGUUGAAUACGGACCCAGGAACACAAGAGUUCAAGUCCCCUCUGGUCUAAACGGGAGAGUCAGCGCUGGAAAAGAGCUCAGAUUAACGUGUGUCACUCAGGCCUCUCCUGCAGCUCAUAGCUUCUCCUGGCUCCAUGGCUCCUCCAGACACACUCCACUCUCCAAGUACCAGUCCAAAUACUGGGGCAGCACCAUGACCAUUGAGACAGUGCAGAGAUCUGAUGAAGGUUGUUACAAGUGCUGCGCCACCAACAGCAUCGGCAGAGAUUAUAGUGCACCACAGUGCUUCCAAGUACAGUAUGCUCCAACCGACAUCAUAUUGUCCAUGUACACUCAGGUCACAGAAGGUCAGACCUUCAUCAUCAACUGCACUGUGGACAGUUUUCCACCCUCAACUCUCACCUUGAUCAGAGAGACUGGGUCGAGUUCAGUGAAUGUCCACAACAAUGUCCUCGUCUACACCACUAAAGCUGCUGUGCACCACGCAGGGAGCUACAAGUGCAUCGCCUCAAACUCUGAAGGAAGCAGGACAAGUGAGCGGGGACAAUUAGUGGUUCAAUACAGCCCCAAGAAUGUGGCAGUUAUCAUUGAUCCUCGUGAGACUGUGAAGGAAAACACGUCAGUGACUUUCCGAUGCAGCGCUCAGUCUCACCCUCCAGUGACCUCGGUGACCUGGACAAAGAUGGCCGACGGACAAGAGGAAGUGUUGAUGCGAGGUCAGAGUUUCACUCUGCGGUCAGUCGCUCCCAGUGACAGUGGAUGGUACCGCUGCAACGUGAGGAAUGAGGUUGGAUCUGGAGAAUCACCGCCCGUCCAUGUUAUGAUCCUGUAUGCUCCAAAAGAAACGAAGGUCCUGAAGGCUGAAGAGCUGCAGUUGCCAGACAAGAGGAGCUCAGUGAUGCUGACAUGCAGCUCCAGCAGCUACCCACCAAUCCACCGAUACUCCUGGUACAGGAAGUCGACGGAUGACAGAGGAGAUGACAAAGUGUCCGAUCAGCAGAACCACAGUGUGACCUCUGACAAGCCUGGGAUCUACUACUGCUCUGCCCUGAAUCAGUUAGGUGAAAGAAGAUCCGAUCCAGUGGAGCUGUUUGUAGAAGGAGCCUCUCACAAAGUCCUGAAGUAUGUCUUCAUUUCUGCUUCACUUCUGCUCAUUCCAUUGGCGGCUGGUCUCAUCUUCAUCAAGUGCAAGAGGAGGCUCAAACACAGAGCUAACCCAAGCGCUGAAAGACCACUGGAGGUGCAAGCUGUGCCCCCAGAGGAAGCAUCUGUGGUCUAUGCCAAUGUGCAUUAUGCCAAAGGCAGCAAGCCAGGACAAGAUGUUGUGUACGCGGUCGUGUCCAAACCACAUCGCUUUAAUAAACCAAGCGGUGAAGAGGGAGAGGAAGAGGUGAACUAUUCCCAUGUGGAGUUCAAACACAACAGAGUGAAGCACAAGAUCGGGAAAUCAAGUCGCUGUGAGGAUGAAAACACUGAAUACUCCACGAUUAAAUUCUGAGAACAAA